GCCGUGACCACGGACCCGUUCGUCACCCCGCCGCAAGCAGUCACUCAUACCCUUCUGCGAGCAGCUCUCCCCGAAGCUCCGCCCUGUCCAACUCAUGCCUAUACGCCCGGGCGGCAAAGUGGGUAUCGCAGAGGAUUUCGGUGCCUGCAAAUCCCCUGUGGUGUCCUACUACUUGUACUUUGUCUCCCGUCCGCUCCAGCGCCUCGCAAACACCUUCGGCUUUGUCUCUGCCACCCCGCCGUCCAUCUCGCCCGUGGACCUGCAGCCCCGCUUCGCUGUCUCGUACCGCUCGGGCCUACUUCCCAACAUUGCCACGAGCAUGCACUGCGGCUUGGAGGAGGACAUGGACAGUUCGGUGAGCUUCGUCACCACACCAACCGUGUUCAUUGGCCUGAUGCUCUGCAUGAUCGGUCGUGUGUUUGUGUGCCGUUACUUGCACAAUUCAAUGCAAGAGCAUAUAAUUAUCAUCUGA